UUCAGUUCAUUUCCGCCCGGCUCCUUUACUAGCGACACACACCGUGAGCUAACCGGAUGUUGACAUGAAAACGUACACAUGCUAACAGUUCAUCUGGUAUAGUUUAAGUUUCUGGAAAGCAAAACGCCCCGGAAUAAGUCAAGAUGUCCGCGUCGCUGGUCAGGAGAGGAUUGGAACUGCUGAGUAACGACAUUAAAACUGGAAAUAACGUGAAGAAGAAGCGGCAGGCAAGGACGCCCAAUACGGCGGCGGCAAAGGCGCUAGUGAGCACCAACCGCCAAGGGGUCACCCGGCAGGUGAAGCGGCUACAGGGUCGUCUCGGACCCGGCAAGAGCAAAGCGACGGUUAAGGACAAGAUGAUCAAGUGCGCCCUGGACAAGUAUAGGAAAACAAAGAAGACAAGUCAGAUGACGGCCAACCUGAAAUACUUCACGAGAACAAGCUUCGAGGCCACCGCGUCGGACACAUUAAAAAUCCAGAACUACAACAAAGGAAGACUGUCCCGCAAUCGGCCCGCCGCUCACAAGCCCAAAAAGACAGCGCCCGUCUUCACCGAGGAGGAGUUCCAGCAGUUCCAGAAGGAAUAUUUUGGCAAGACGUGAAAGAAAAAAACAACACCUACACCUCGGAAACCAGACUUUGUUCAGAUUUGAUUUGAAUUGACUAUUAAAAAAAUUAUCCUGUCCAAUACUGAAUGACUUGAGAUUUUGCCCAUAUUUCACGUUUUUUUUUUUUUUUAACUGAACUUAAAGACAUUUUCCUGUCAUAAGACUCGUGAAGAUAGAACAACACAUAGAAACCAAGUACCAGUAAAUCUUGCUGGGACGCGAGUGUCGGAGCCAGAAAUCCUUAUGGACGACAAAGGCGCUAAUCUGCGCCGCAAUGUCAUCUGAGGGUCAUGAGGGAUUUGCGGUCGGACAAGAUAAUUGUCUUAAAUCCUAAAGCAGGCCCUCGAGGAGAACACGAGACCUCGGCACUGCCACGAGUUGACCUUAAAAGCGAGCAUGUGCAAGUCAGAUGCUUUUUUUUUUUUUUGCGUGCCACACCGCCACUCAUUUGUUUUGGUCACGCACGAUAUCGUGUUGAAUUUCGUCUGAAAGCCCCCCCCCCC